AUGCCGUCCUCCAACAUCCCCGUGAUCAUCGGCGUUGGCGACAUCAAGAACCGCUCAACUGCCGUCACGGACGCGAAAGAGCCCGCAACAUUGAUGCUUGAAGCCAUUCAAAAGGCCAUCAGCGACACUUCGUCUACUUCGAAUACCGAUCUCCAGUCAGCGAUCGACAGCGUCGAUGUCGUCAAGACAUGGACUUGGCCAUACCCGGAUCUGCCAGGGCUUCUGGCAGAGAAGCUGGGGAUUGAACAGAAACUAAAGUGGAAAAGAUAUUCUGAGCAUGGAGGUGACAAGCCAGGGAAGCUCCUCGACGAAGCGGCGAAAAGGAUUGCGAAAGGCGAAUGUAAAGUCGCGAUUGUAACUGGGGGUGAGGCGUUAGCUUCGUUAUCAGCAUGCGCAGCUGCAAAGAAGCUUCCUCCGCCAGGCUGGACAGCGCCGUCUGAAGCCGUAGACUCGGUCUUCACUCCAACAGGCCGCGACCUAGGAAAUAGUGCAGUGUCCUCUCUUUGGCAAACACUCUCCUCUACUGACUCUUGCGAAGACCUUGGCGCUAUUCAUAGGAUUGGUGCACCAAUACAUGUUUAUCCACUUUACGAGAACGCAUUCCGUGCGCAUCGCGGCCAGACACCAAAGGCAAACCACCAAGAGAGCGCAAAGUUGUAUGCCGAGUUUUCCGAAGUUGCGAAGAAUAAUGAAUAUGCAUGGAAUUACGGAAGUUCAAGUAGUGAAGAAGAGAUUGGGACGGUUGGGAAAAGGAACAGAAUGAUAUGUCAUCCUUAUCCCCUGCUUAUGAAUGCUUUCAACACGGUCAACCUCGCCUCUGCCAUUAUUCUUACUUCAACUUCUUUCGCCAAAGAACUAGGGGUAUCAGAGUCAAAAUGGAUAUAUCCACUUGGUGGCGCAGGAACGAAGGAUGCGGACGAGUUCUGGAAAAGACCGAACUUCUACUCCUCGCCUAGCAUUGCGCGUUCUAUUGAUGCAAGCUUGAAGGUUUCUGGCGUAAGAAAGGAAGAGAUGGAUAUCGUUGACAUCUACUCGUGUUUUCCGAUCGUUCCUAAAAUUGCCGCGCAGCAUCUAGGGCUACCUGUUGUUGGUGGUGACAAACCAUUGACGAUACUUGGCGGUCUGACGUCGUUUGGUGGAGCUGGCAACAACUAUUCAAUGCACGCGCUCACUGAGAUGACAAGACAGCUAAGAGACGGUAAAGGCCGCAGGGGACUGGUGCUCUGCAAUGGCGGUGUUCUGAGCUAUCAGUACGUCGUGAUCUUAUCGAAAGAGCCCAGGAAAGAAGGAGCUUAUCCCACAGAGAACCCGCUUCCACCACAGAUCACCGAUGUUCCUGCGCCAGAGCUUGCCUCUAAUGCAGAGGGUGAGGCUGUCGUCGAGACGUAUACCGUAGAGUUCAAUCGCGACGGCAGUCCGCUUCGAGGCCACAUUAUCGGUCGCUUGAAGAACAGUAACAAACGCUUCCUUGCGAAUCAUGGAGACGAUACCACAAUGCUACAGAUGUCUAGCGGGGCAGGAGAAGUUGUUGGUAAAAGUGGAUGGGUGUGGCAAGAUCCGGAAAAGAAAGGAAGGUCGCUCUUUGCAUUCGCAAAACCAGCAAAGCUGUAA